AUGCUUUGUUCUCCAUAUAUCAAGGGCUAUGCACUGGCGACGAAGAGGUGGACCCAUUUGCUGGUCAACAACAUCAAGAAAUUGAAGAAGAGAAUUGAAGAAGACGCUUUUAAUAGCCUUGUCAUGCCGCAACCGAAUAUCAAGAAUUUGAUACUCCGCCUCGUUCAGAACCAUUCAAAUAUGAGCACCGAUAACGCCCCCGGCGUCCCGGCUAAGCUAGAGGAUGUGAUCGAAGGUAAAGGAGGAGGUCUUGUGCUCCUCUUUUAUGGUGCCCCGGGCGUUGGAAAGAGCUUGACAGCCGAAAGCAUAGCUAAAUACACUGGAAAGCCCCUUCUCAAAGUCAGCGUUGCCGACUUCGGAACCGACGUCAGCUUAGUAGAGGGAAAAUUGGAGGAGACAUUCCAGAUCGCCAGCAGAUGGCGCGCGGUACUUUUAUUUGAUGAGGCUGACGUAUUCCUCGAAGCACGCGCAACUGAAGGCAAUUUAGAUCGAAAUGCUAUGGCGUCUGUGUUUCUGAAGGUACUCGAAUAUUACCAGGGAAUUCUUAUCUUAACCACAAAUCGGGUCCGCACUUUUGAUAUCGCCGUCCAGUCCCGGGUCCACCUCGCAGUGCGAUUCCAGGAUUUUGGUGCAAAAGAUCAGAAAUUAAUUUUUGAGAUGUUCCUGAACAAAAUGACCAGCGAUGUCGUUGAUCGGAAAAAGAUCAAUCAAUGGCUGGACGAGCGCUUUGAAGAUCACGGUUCACGUAAUGGUGAACAGUUGAACGGCCGACAAAUCCGAAACAUACUGUCAUCCGCUGUUGCCUUGGCUCGAUCGGAGAACAGAAAGCUUCAGCUCAGUCACAUCAAAACGAUGUGGAACAAUAUCAAAGAAUUUCAGGCACAUCUUCAUGAACAGACCAUUCUAGCAAAGAAGAGAAAUGAGUGA